GGGGCUUUUUUCUCUUUUUUUUUGUUUUUUUUCCUCCCCCCCUCUUCUUUCUUCUCUGUUCCGCGAGGAAAAUCCGCGCGCCCCGCUCCUAGCACUAACCGUCUAAGCUAGUUAGCCGGCUAGCCAUCCAGCCCCCCCCCUCUCCGGGACAGGAGCCGCCGAGGGAAGGUGGGGCACCCCUUUCCCCGAUCUCCGCCGCCGUAGGGACCCCGGGCUCAUACGGCUAGCCGCCUUUAGCAUGUCCCGCGCAUCGAGCCGGUUAGCGGGACGCUGAGUCUUCUCCGUCGGAUCUCCUCCUCCUCCUCCAUUGACAUUGAGGUUGGGGGGGGGAAGAAAAGAGUCGGUUGAUCGGGAUCAUCGAUCCACUUUGGAUACCGACGGUGUCCUCCGGCCCCGGCGGGGAGAACGUACGGUGCCGUCGGCUCGGCCUCGCCGAGAUUAACCCCGCGUCGGGCGGGUUUUCUGUUGAGAGAGUGACGGGAGAGGGAGAGAGCGUCCCCCCCCGUUUACCUUUAUUCAAACCAUGGCGGACGACGAUGUGCUGUUCGAGGAUGUCUACGAGCUGUGCGAGGUGAUCGGCAAGGGGCCUUUCAGCGUGGUGCGACGCUGCAUCAACAGGGACACCGGGCAGCAGUUUGCUGUAAAGAUCGUAGAUGUGGCCAGCUUCACCUCCAGCCCCGGCCUCAGCACAGAGGACCUGAAGAGAGAGGCCAGUAUCUGCCACAUGCUGAAACACCCCCAUAUCGUGGAGCUGCUGGAGACAUACAGCUCAGAUGGCAUGCUCUACAUGGUCUUUGAGUUCAUGGACGGGGCAGACCUGUGCUUUGAGAUCGUGAAGAGGGCUGAUGCUGGGUUUGUCUACAGUGAGGCUGUAGCCAGCCAUUAUAUGAGGCAGAUUUUGGAAGCUCUUCGAUAUUGCCAUGACAACAACGUGAUUCAUCGCGAUGUGAAGCCCCACUGUGUCCUCUUGGCCUCCAAGGAGAACUCCGCUCCAGUCAAACUGGGAGGCUUCGGGGUGGCCAUACAACUGGGAGAGUCGGGCCUAGUGGCUGGAGGUCGGGUGGGCACUCCUCAUUUCAUGGCUCCCGAAGUGGUGAAGAGGGAGCCCUACGGUAAGCCAGUGGAUGUGUGGGGCUGCGGCGUCAUCCUCUUCAUCCUGCUGUCCGGCUGCCUGCCUUUCUACGGCACCAAGGAGCGCUUGUUCGAGGCCAUCAUUAAGGGGAAAUACAAGGUAAUGAACCCACGCCAAUGGAGCCACAUCUCAGAGAGCGCCAAGGACCUUGUGAGGCGCAUGCUGAUGCUGGACCCUGCUGAAAGGAUCACCGUCUAUGAGGCCCUCAACCACCCCUGGCUCAAGGAGAGGGACAGGUAUGCCUACAAGAUCCACCUGCCCGAGACUGUGGAACAGCUGAGGAAGUUUAACGCCAGGAGGAAGCUGAAGGGUGCAGUGCUGGCGGCCGUGUCCAGCCACAAGUUUAACUCGUAUUACGGAGACCCUCCCGAGGAGCUCCCUGACUUCUCAGAUGACCCCACCUCCUCAGGGGCAGUUUCCCAGGUGCUAGACAGUCUGGAGGAGAUCCAUGCCUUGACCGAUUGCAGCGAGAAGGACAUGGACUUCCUCCACAGCGUCUUCCAGGACCAGCACCUGCACACCCUGCUGGACCUCUAUGAUAAGAUCAACACGCGGUCGUCCCCUCAGAUCAGGAACCCCCCCAGUGAUGGAGUGCAGAGAGCCAAAGAGGUACUGGAGACCAUCUCUUGUUACCCAGAGAAUAUGGAGGCGAAGGAGCUAAGGAGGAUCCUCACACAGCCACAUUUCAUGGCCCUGCUGCAGACCCACGAUGUGGUGGCCCACGAGGUGUACAGCGACGAGGCGCUGAGGGUGACCCCGCCGCCCACCUCGCCCUACCUGAACGGAGACUCCCCGGAGAGCACCAACGGAGACAUGGACCUGGAGAACGUCACCCGCGUCCGCCUGGUCCAGUUUCAGAAGAACACGGACGAGCCCAUGGGCAUCACUCUGAAAAUGAACGACCUCAACCACUGUAUUGUGGCCAGGAUCAUGCAUGGUGGGAUGAUCCAUCGGCAAGGGACUCUGCACGUAGGAGAUGAGAUCCGGGAGAUCAACGGGAUCAGCGUGGCCAAUCAGACGGUAGAACAGCUCCAGAAGAUGCUGAGGGAAAUGAGAGGAAGCAUCACCUUCAAGAUUGUGCCCAGCUACCGUUCCCAGUCCAUGUCUUGUGAGAAAGAGUCACCUGAUUUGUCUCGACAGUCACCGGCCAACGGUCACGCGAGCGUCACCAGCUCCAUCCUGGACCUGCCGUCUACUAUCCAGCCAAAAGGCCGUCAGAUUUACGUGCGUGCUCAGUUCGAGUACGACCCAGCGAAAGACGACCUCAUCCCGUGCAAGGAGGCGGGCGUUCGCUUCCGGGUGGGUGACAUCAUUCAGAUCAUCUCCAAGGAUACCACAACUGGUGGCAGGGCAAGCUGGAGAACACAGAAUGGCACGGCAGGACUCAUCCCCUCUCCUGAGCUCCAGGAGUGGCGUGUGGCGUGUAUAGCCAUGGAAAAGACCAAACAGGAGCAACAGGCCAGUUGCACCUGGUUUGGCAAGAAGAAAAAGCAGUACAAAGACAAGUACCUGGCCAAGCACAACGCAGUCUUUGACCAACUAGACCUGGUGACAUAUGAGGAAGUGGUGAAACUGCCAGCGUUCAAGAGAAAAACACUGGUUUUGCUCGGUGCCCACGGAGUUGGUAGGAGGCACAUCAAGAACACUCUCAUUACCAAGCACCCUGACCGUUUUGCCUACCCCAUCCCACACACGACCCGGCCUCCGAAGAAGGAAGAGGAGAACGGGAAGAACUACUACUUUGUGUCCCACGACCAGAUGAUGCAGGACAUCAGCAACAACGACUACCUGGAAUAUGGCAGCCACGAGGACGCCAUGUACGGAACCAGGCUGGAGACCAUCAGGCAGAUCCAUGCCCAGGGCAUGAUUUCCAUCCUAGAUGUGGAGCCACAGGCACUAAAGAUCCUCAGGACAGCUGAGUUUGCUCCCUAUGUUGUCUUCAUCGCAGCACCCAUCAUAACACCAGGAAUGACUGAGGACGAUUCCCUUCAGAGGCUCCAGAAAGAGUCAGAAACACUCCAAAAGACCUACGCCCACUACUUCGACCAGACGAUAAUAAACAAUGAGAUCGACGACACCAUUCGCCUGCUGGAGGAGGCCAUGGACAUGGUGUGCACCACCGCACAGUGGGUCCCCGUUUCCUGGGUCUACUAGUUGUCCACGCCAUUGUCAUACGAUUCAACCCAAAUCACCAGUGGUAGAUCCAACGAAAGGAUUGCUAAACCUCAAAUCUCAUGCACCUGGUCGUCUCUCUGCGGAUUGUCUCUUCUCUCAGAAUCAUUGAUUUCUGUAGAUAAAUGGUUGUGGGGAAAAAAACUAGGGGAAACAAAAAGAAUCUAAAUGACUCUUGAAGCCUCACUGCAGAGACUUGGACCUCCGCUAGCUCCCUGUCAGCCUCAAAGGCACAUUAUUGUGGGUGUGCGUGGGUGCGUGUGUGUAUAUCCACAUUUAAAUAAUAGAUAAAUGAAUAUGGUCCUGUCCUAAUAUAGUUGAAGGGUGGGGAAUGGGGGGCAGUGUCGUAGAUAUUUUUUACUCCCUUUUUUUGUAAUUGAGGAACGGGUGGUAAUAUUGGAAGGGCAAUAGUGAGCAUGAUCAUCAAGCAGUCUUAUGUGGGUGCCUGUGUGUGUGUGUAUGUGUGUGUGUUGGCCUUUUAAGGCGUUUCUUGUGGUACUUUGUGUCCCCCGCCCUUUUAGAUCCACUUACGCCAUUGGUCCAAAAAAAAAAUGAGCCAAAUUUCCAAGCACAUUGGACAUUGCCUCAGUGGCAUCGUGUAAACCUUCAUCUCAAUUCGAACCCGACCCCCCCCCCCCCCCCCACCCUCAAUCUUGAGAGAAGAAAAGCACAGUAAAACACGGCAGUGGCUUUCUGCCUGUCCUCCUACACCACUCCCCUUGUUUAUCUAGAAGGCCCCGUGUAUUUGUCAAUCAAAUUCUUAAAGGAGCACACAAUGUCCCCGCCUCUCGCCUGUACCCAGCCCCCCCCAUCCUCUACCGGUCUUUGUUUACAUCUCGGUUUGCACAAAAUGGACAAUUAAAGAGAGAGAUAUCGCAUCUUCUCAUCUCGUUUUCAUUCCCUUCCUCGCCAAUCAGUCCUCCCCUCCUCUCUUGCUGUUUUUUUUUUUUUUUUUUUAAUCACUCUCCUUGGUAUAUGAGAUGUGUUUGCUAAUAACUAAUCAGUGGACCUGGCAUUCGUUUGGUGGACGGUCAUUAACAAUGCCGAGCUCUGACACUCUCAACGAAACACGGCUCUCACGGCACGAACUGGGAGGGGAAAAAAACCUGCAGAAAACUAAAGAAGAAAAUGGACUGCCUUAUCGGGUGCCUGGGGAAGAAGAUGGUAACACCUAUGCACACCCCCUGCCCUGGCUUCUCUCAGGCAGGCAUUCACAGCGGACAAUUUUCUUCUUAAAAAAAAAAAGAAAAGAAAAAAAAAGCCCUUCUCCCCAUCUUUACUACAAAUCGUGAGCUGUAGUUAUGGGGAAAAAAAUUCAUUAGAAAGACUUGAGAUCCGGAAGGGAAGGGCCGAACGGCGAAUGAAAAAUACAAUCCUUAGAGCCACAAUUUCAGAACUGUUACCUGUCGUCUUAAAAAAAAAAGAAAAAAAAAAGAUAAAAGAGUGUUAUUGUUUUCAGGGCAAGAAAAUUACUGCAGAAUUUUAUGUGUAAUUGUUCCAAUGGUGCGUACAUCAUGAGUGACUAACGAAGAGCCACUGUAUAUUAGCCCUAAAAAGAAGCUCAUUGUGUGGCAUAAUCUCCUAACGCUUUACGAGAAGUGGCACAACACUGCCCCCACAUGACCGCCCCGAGACACACACACACACACACAUGCUCUCAGAAUCAGUGUAACACAAAGUUUGUCCCCCCCCCCCCCCGUGAUGUGGGUGCCGUGUCCUGCUGCUUCUGGUGAAGCGUCUUCAUCUUCGAGUCCUGUGUAAAUUACCUCUGCAGAUGAGAAAAGCAGCUCUUCGAUAUGAGAUGUUCCUGUUUUUGUUUGUCAUUUUUAAAAAAUAUAUUUCCUUUUAAGUGUGUACAAAGUGAACUGCCUUCUGACUGUCUUCCUAGUCAUCUGUGACCUGUGUGGGUGCGGAUGUGUGCGUGUGUUUGUCUAACUUACAAGACAGAUGGUUGUUGGGUUUAACACCAUCUGAACAGUUGCCGCGGAGCAUGAAUUCACAAAACCUCCAUGUCCGCCUUGGACUCUUGUUUAACGUGGGCUGUGACCAGACAGAAUAUUCCUACUAGACUCCUUAACGGGUCACUUUUAAACGAGGGUGUCUCCAGUAGACGUCGCUACAUAUAUCUAAAGAUAUCUUUAAUUCAUGUCACGACACCAAAAAAGGCACAGCAUCAACAUUCAUGUUGCUCAAAAACAGUUGGCAACGUUCCAACUGUUGAUUGUAGAUAUAAAUCCAUUUUCUACAUCCAUCCUCUUUUUGUAAAGUGUAACUGACCUUAUGAAAAAUAAAGCUCAGUUGAGCAACGAUCC